GCAAGCCGCAAACGUGUGGAAACCUGCAAACUGCAAAGUGGCUCUAAAAGAAUUUAAAAGCCAGUCAAAGUGCUUUAAAGGGGUGGAUAGUGUUUAACCUAACAGGAAAGUUCAAGUCAAUGUGAUAAUUAAAGGCAAAUUCGCCAAGUGGAUUAGUUUUUAUCAGAAUUUACUAUCAGUGUAAUGCAUUUCUCGUGAAAUAUCUCGGGAGAAUUCGCUAACUUGGAGGUUAAACGUUUCCGAAAGACUGCGCGAGAUUGAUCAAAUUCUUCGCAAUUUUAGACCGCUUAUUCCCGUUUUUUUCAUGGGUCGCGAAAAUCAUCCUACAAUAAGUCAUGGAAUCUUUGAACUUCUGCUUUUCCCAUUUUCUGCAAUCACAGACACGUGAUAGAUAAUUUUCAUUUUGCAUUCCAUGGAGGGGCACGUCCAGUUCUCUGAAUUUCGCGAUUCCGAAGUGUAUCGCUUAUUCAUUCCCCACAUUCCUUAUCAGCUCUUUUGCCGAAAAUCAGCAUUUUUUUGGAACUUGGGCCUGAUAUCAGAGGUUAAUUAUUCUCUGAGCGCACGAAAAUCGUCGGAUUAAUCGGACUCUGGUACUUAUGGCUAAAGGAAAACUGAGGAACACAGAUGCUAACAACAAGAUAUCGCCAUCGUCAAACGGUGGAUUUAAAGGAGCAGAAAUGUAUACCACGGAGUUUGAAAUCAACGAAACUCCACCUACGGCUCGUACUUUACUUACCAAAGGUUACAUCCAGGACGAAAUUAAUGGAUUUUCAGGAGCGACUGUUUCCACACGUGGUCGUUUCAUGACUGAACCCGAAAAACAACGUUGCACCAAUGAAAGGCCACUUUAUUUGUACAUACAAGGACAUACAAAGCGCAGCAUUGAUUUGGCGAUACAAAAAAUCAAUGAAAUUGUUCAGACUGAACACAGAAGUUCUCUGAAUAGGCCAAGUAGGUUCACGAAUGCUCCUCCGCCUCUGAUGAGUUUGCAUUCUGGCGUUCCGUCUGUCGAAAAAAUUUGCAUUGGAAUCGAAAAUGCUCCGGAAGGUUUCGGAUUGAGGGGCCGUAUAAUCGGCGCGGGUGGCUCUAAUUUAUUGUACAUUAGGGGCGAAACGGGAGCUACAGUCACUUUAAGAGGCCGUGGAUCCCAGUUUGUCGAUCCUGCUUUGGGUACCGAAUCACCCGAACCUCUGCAUCUCUACAUAGAGCACCCAGAUCCUCCCGCAUUACAAAAUGCAAAGCAGUUGGCAAUUAAUCUUAUACAAACGAUGCAGUCGGAGCUGCAAUCUUUCAUACAACAACAACCACCACCGGUACAGUCGCAGCAAGUUAUUGCUCAGCCGCAAAUACAACAGAUACAGCAAGCUCAAUUUCAAACCAUGAACAUCGGAGCCUUGGGGCAACCCAACGUUGUUACAAUUCAGCAUCAGGAUAUUAUCCAACAUCCUCAAAGCAGUGUCGUUACUCUACCAGCCACUAUUCUCACGGCUACCGUGGCAGGAACACCUGGACCAGCUGGAGUCCAUUCAGGACAUUUGCAAUCAGCUGAUCAAGCUCAGGAGAUGCAGACAUUCGUGCCGCCUCCAUCAGUGGGUCAAGUGCAACUAAUCGGACCUCCGCCGACUAUAAGUCAAGUACAGUAUCAGAUCCAUCCAGGGCAACCUCUUCAAAUCCAAGGCUUGCCGCCCUGUUCCGAAACCUCGGCACAAUCCGUCACGCAGAUGUACGUGAUGAGUCAACCGCCUCCACAAAAUCCGGUCCAUCAAGGCUUCGUUAAUUCCGCGAGUAAUGGCGCGCCAAUGAGCGGCGCUGCCGUCUCCUACGUCUACACACAGCCAAGCAUCCAGAGAUCGCCAACUCCCUCUCGCGUCAUCGAGACAGUCAAUGUCAAUCUGCAACAGCCGCCACCUCCGCCUCCCACCAAUCAGCAACCUCCACCCUCGCUCCUGCAUCUGCACUUCCCGCCUCCCUUUCCGCCCAAUCAGCCACCGCCUCCCAUUCCCCAGACAUACCAGAUUCAGUAUCAGCAGAUUCAGGCCCCGUUUGCGUCGCAGCCGCAGACGCAGUUUGUCCUGCAGACAGGCGGCGAGCCGCAGCUUCAUCAGAAUCACGAGCAGCAGCAUCAUCAUCGCGUCAUUGAUAGAAUGCAGUUUGAGGGCCAGCCUCCUGCGCCACACAUGCACAUUCAUGGUCCGCCGCCGCCCCCGCCGCCAUCGGUCACACAGACUUAUCUUGUGCACGAGUCACAGCCCUCGCAUAUGCAACACCCGCCACUUCCGGUUGCCGAGGGCCAUCAUCGGCAUGAGGUUGGUCCUCCGGAUCCGGGAAUGUCGGCGCCGCAGCCUGUUCCACCGCCGAGGAUGGUACCACCUCCGACUAUUGAUCACAUGCAACAUUCCGUUAAUAUGCUCACGAGCGUUCCACCUCCGACACAUGGACCUCCUCCGCAAGCUCCAUGGCUCUAUCAGGGACAGCAGAUACCUGUCGCACAAUCGCAGCCUCAACAUCAGAUGCAAAUUCCUACUUCAAAUCUUCCUCCACCAGAGGUUCAAGCACAAAUGCAUUAUCACGCUCAACAAGUACAUUAUCAUAAUGGACAGAUGCAAGCUCAAGUUCAUUACGCCGUUCAGCCUCCUCAUCUUGAUCGUCGUCUCGAACAAAAGCCGGAAAUGUCGGAACAUCACCAAUUUCAAGGCAUGAAACGAAGAUUUUCCGAUGUUGAAGUCGCAGAGGAACUACCAAUACAUCAAAGCAUGCGACCACCCUCUCAGCGUCACGGCAUGGGAGAAGGAGAUCGGCAGCACCAUAUCUUACACACUCCGUCGUCAGCGGGGUUGGGUCCAUCUUCUGGCGAAAGAAUCAAGCCACUUAUGCCAGCUACAUAUCCAGGUGACAAACGCAAUGGAGACCAGUCAAACGGAGUUCCCAACUCAGGUCUAGAAAGUGCAUCAAGCGGAGAUCCUGAAGGUGCAACAGGUCCUGGACAACCUGCUCUUCCCCUUCCACCACAUCAUGGGCCUUGGCCAGCCAAUUAUACAAGGGUACCUUGGGGCCGACCACCACCAGGCCCUAGGGAAGAACACCAUCUGCCUUACCGGGCACCACCCCCCAUCAACCUACCUCCUCCGAGGCUCAGAAUGAUUCGAGGUCUUAAUGACGAUAGGCCAGCAAAUCAGGUUGGAUUGACGGAACACCGUGUCGAGUAUGAAGCACCAGCAGUGCAGCCGUAUUUGGGUAAGCCUCCUCCGGGUAAUCCGCUUCCAUUGAUGCAUUCCAUAUGUGAUCCACCGCCUCCUCCUCCACUGCCACCGCCGACUCAGGGUGCACAAAUGAGGACACAGCAUCAUCCGCAAAGCGCUCAUCAUUAUCAGCAGCAGCAGCAGCAGCUUCAGUCUCCAACCAGUUGUCCGCCAUGGAUGAAUUAAUUGAGUAUGAGUAAUAUAUUUCAGCACAGUAGACAGAAAAUCAAUCGGCUCUCUUACUCGCUUGGUAGGAAAAAACCCCCCAAUAAAAUAAAGCAGGUAUUCGAACAAAAUUAGGGAUGCACAACACUACCUGCAAUCAGUCUCAAAAGUCGCCAAUCUUCAAAAUUAGAGUCAAACCUGGAUUUAGUAAUCCUCCAUUUAAUGUUUCCAAGAAUUGACAGCGCGUGGCGGGGAUGUGUGCGAGGCGCUGCGGGAAGUUGUCCGGUGCUCACUCAAGCGUCACAAAACAGAGAGAGAAACAAGAAAGCGGCCGUACUUAAAUUACGUCACGGAUUAUAAGCCCUCUCUGAGACCCCCGCUCCCUCCCCCUUGUAACAAACCGUAACAAACUUUCUACCCCCUCCUCCUUUUAUUGUAUACGUAACUUUUACUUUCCAGAAAACUCGGAUAAUACGGAUGAAAUACGAAAUUCGGAAGAGUAAUCUAUAUUUUUGACAUAUUUUAAAUCGAAUAAGAAGUAUCAGCAUUUAGCAAAUAAAUGUAAACAACUUACGAAUGUGGAUUUAUCUUUAUUAAUUUAUUAAUAAUUGUAAACCACUGCACGCAUUCAUAAUUAGGCGUAGCAGCUUCAUCUGUUUUAUUAAUGAUUCUCCGUAUUAUCCGAGCAUACACCUCGGUUAAUGCGAAGUGCUUGGAUGAUUUCCGUUGCCUCGGAUAACGCGGAGCCUCGGAUAAUCAAAGGCCGGAUUAAUCCUUGACCAAUUUUUUUUUAUUUUUCUUGGUCAUCAAUAAGGUAAAACAACCAUAACUGGGACAACGUAAAAAGUAUGUCCAAUAUUGGGACAAUCCUAAAUAUCUUUGAGUAUCUUUUAUAUUCCAACAUAAAUCAUAAAAGUAAAAAUUUGCUAGUAUUUUUUUUCAGUUCUUUUGAAUUUAUUGCCACUAUUUAUUUUUGUUCUGACAAGUUUUACAUUCAAUAAAAAAUAAUCCAAAAUAUUCUUCAAAAUGUUUUAAUGAACCGACUGUGAAAUUCGCAUUUGGAAAGAUACUUCAACGCAGCCUUCUCUAAAAAAUAUAUCAAGAAAAUGGUUUAUUUAUAUAAUUAUUGUGAAAAUGACACAGUGGAUUUUUCUAAUAGUGUUUUUUUCUCUUUGUUUUUUU